CUACAGCUGCUGAGCGCACAACACAGCGGACAUACUAAACUCUUUCCUCUGUCUCUCUUGAACUUGAGCUUUUAAGUGAAUGAGAGUCUUUGGGUGGAGGACACAGAAACAUGGAGGGACAUUGCUACUCUUUGUCUUUACGUGGAGUGUUAUCUAUCUUUCUAUUCACGGUGCUGCUGGAGCCCGGAACUGCCGGUAUGCCUCUUGUUUACCAAAUGAGGCAGCUGUGUAAGUUCUGUGAUCUGGAGCUGUCCUCAUGUAGUGGUACAGAGACCUGCUUGUCCAAUUGCUCCAUCACAUCCAUCUGUGUGGACCCCAACGAGGUCUGUGUCGCUAUCUGGAGAAAGAAUGAGACAGACUUUUCCAUCGAAUCUCUCUGUCAUGACCCAUCCAAGCCACUGUAUGGCAUUAUGCUGGAUGACUACAACAGCUCCACCUGUGUGAUGAAGGAGAAGAACACAACGAGUGGGAUGGUUCACCUUUGCUCCUGUACUGGCGAGGAAGAGUGUAAUGACAUGUUGUUAUUUUCUCCCAUUGUGGAUCCCACUUCUGACGACCCAUUGGUGUCUGUUAUCCUGGUGAGCCUGCUGCCCCUGCUGGUGAUGGGGAUUGUGAUUGUGGGAAUGUUCUACUGGUACCGAGCCCAUCGCCAACAUAUGCUCAACCAAGAAUGGGAGAGCAGCAUUAAGAAGCGUAAGCCAAAAGCCAGUGGGCUGGACUGCAGCGAUGCCUGUGCCAUCAUGAUAGAUGACGACAGGUCAGACAGCAGCUCAACGCAUGCCAACAGCCUGAACCACAACACCGAGCCUCUGCCUAUAGAGCUGGAUCUGUUGGUAGGAAAGGGUCGUUUUGCCCAGGUAUACAAGGCUAAGCUGAAGCAGACAACCUCAUAUCAGUUUGAAACAGUGGCUGUUAAGAUCUUCCCCUAUGACGAGUAUGCUUCCUGGAAGAACGAGAAGGACAUCUUCUCCAAUACAGAUCUCAGACACGAGAACAUCCUUCUCUUCCUAACAGCUGAGGAUAGGAAGGUGGAGAAACAGUACUGGAUAAUCACUGCCUUCCACUCCAGAGGAAACCUGCAGGAGCACCUGAUUCAUAAUGUGAUCAGCUGGCAGGAGCUGCAAGUGCUGGGAAGCUCUCUGGCCCAAGGAGUCGCCCACCUCCACAGUGACCGUCUCCCCUGUGGUCGUCCCAAGGUGGCCAUAGUCCACCGGGACUUAAAAAGCUCAAACAUCCUGGUGAAGAAUGACCUGACGUGCUGCCUGUGUGACUUUGGUCUGGGUCUGUGUCUGGACAGCAGCCUUUCCGUGGAUGAUCUUGCCAACAGUGGACAGGUGGGUACGGCACGUUACAUGGCCCCGGAGGUGCUGGAGGCUCGUCUGAAUCUGGACAACAUCGAGUCCUUUAAACAGACUGACAUUUACUCCAUGGCCCUUGUGCUUUGGGAAAUGACGUCGAGGUGUGAAGCUAUUGGAGAGAUGAAGGAGUACGAGCCUCCAUAUGGCUCAAAAGUGCGAGAGCACCCCUGUGUGGAGAGCAUGAAGGACAAUGUGCUGAGAGACAGAGGAAGACCUGAGAUCCCAGACACUUGGCUCAGGCAUCAGGGUGUUGCAGUGAUCUGCGCAACCAUCAUGGAAUGUUGGGAUCACGACCCUGAGGCCCGACUCACUGCCCACUGUGUUGCUGAACGCAUCUUUGAGUUGGAGGACGAGCUGGACAAACUGUCCAGAUGCAGCUCCUCAGAAGAGAAGAUCCCUGAGGAGCUGAAGAUGCCCAUAGAGGUGGAGAUGCCAGAGGAGAUGGGUAAAAUCACAGAAAUACAGGACAUCAUAGCCAUGGACUGCUCUGUGUGUGACGAGAAGUGAGAGGAAGAUCUGAGGGAGAUUACUCUAUUCAUUCUACUUUGAUAGGAUGGAGGAAAGAUCUUGAGGAGUUAAGGUCCAGGCUACAGGACUUUGAGUUGAGUUGCAGAGCCAUAUCUUCUAGGCCAGCUGAGAGGGAUGCUGGGUUAUGCUCUCAGACUUCAGUACUUCUAAAAUGUAACAACUUGCCUUAAUCAGAUGAAAAGCCAAAAAGCUCAAGUAAACUGGAAGCUUACAAAGAUUUGUUGGGCAUGGAGGCACUAAGAGUUUUUGCUCUCUUUAUUAAAAAACAAAGGCAAUAAUUAUUAAACCAAAGACAUUUGAUGUGCGCUUCACCCUGUAAUACUGACAGAUAUAGCAUAUGUUCAUGUAUUGUCAUAUGUUGGAGUUAAGGUGAGUUGAUGCCUAAACGUGCCUUUGUCUGUACAACUUUGAGCCAGCAGAUAUAUUUCCUUAACAUUACUGAUGCUGUGGACUCCAUCUUCUACAGCAGGAAUCCAAAUUACUGUGUGUGCGUGUGUGUGUGUGUGUGUCUGUGUCUGUAUCUACCCUGUUAUACUUAAACUUUGUUUGCCAGGUAAAACAAGCACUAUGUACAUAAAGACAAUAAGUGUAUAUAUGUGACAAUCAGUCAAAAGAGGGAAAGUAAUGUUUUAUAUCUAUAUCAACAAAAUACUGAGAAGAUUGCCAAGAUCUUGGCUUACCCUGCCUUACAUACAUUAUGUGUUAUAUGUGAAUCUUGUAAAUCGUUCAUGAAUUAAUUAUGUAUACAUAGACUCUCUCCUUACUUUUCUGUAAACCAACCAAACCUGGGAGUAAGAUAUGAUCUUGUACAUUUUCUUUGUUAUUCAACACCCCUAUCUUUUAUUUUGCUGGACAGACAAGAUAGGGUGAAUUUGUGAAGUUUUUCAGUGCCUGCCAUGCAAGGUGUUGACCAGCAGUACCUUGCCCAAGAACACUUUGACAUGCUGACCAGGGGAAUAAAACCAGCGACCUUCCAAUAAAAUGCCACAGGCUCUACCCCUGAGUCACAGCCAGUGGUGUAAUAGUCACUGGAGAAGUGGUUGUACUCUCAAUUUUUCCCCUUCCACCUACCGUAAUUGAUGUGUUUAUCUGAAGUUGGGCCAGCAUUGGCUUUGGCUGUGGGCAAAGAGGCAGCAUCUCCUUCACUGACAGCAUCCUCUCCAACAGGGGUGGGGGGCAGAGCGGGCAUCAACGUUGGGCUUAACUGUACCGGUGUAGCAUCACUUACAUUAGCUGAGCUGCUGGAUGAUGUUGAUAAGUGAGGACAUUAAUAAUUCUGAAAUGAAAUUCAUCCUCAUCUUACCGGUUGAUUACAAAUCCUGAAGGCAGUUCGUUUAUUUGUCAUUAUACAACAAAGGGUUGCAAAACAAAAUGAAAGUUCUGUACUCCUGCGUGAUCCAUAGUUAGAGACUAUUCAAAAUAUUGGGAUAUUUAUAGUAAGUGUUUCACCUGAUUGCAUAUAUGCACCCAUAACCCAAUAUGUUUAACUUAUUUUGAGUAUUGCAUAUGGUUAUUUGUAUAUACUUGAUGACGUGGUGCAUAUUUUUAACAGCAGCAACAAGAUUGUGAUGGUUUUAGUCACUAUGUAGUUAUGAUGGAGGCCUACAGAACAAAUAACAAUCCCAAAGUAAUACCAGACUACUUCAUCACAUCACUUGCGUGCUUGGAUGAAUGCCCAGAUAAACUGCAAACGGACAUAGGCAUGGAAAUUGGGCACAUCAAAAAACUUGUUUGUCUUUUUGUGCAGCAACCCCACUGAUAGUUUUGAAAUCCAAAGUUUCAUUUAUGUACCAGCAGACUGAAUCAUGGUGGUGAAAGUGCACAGUUUUGGAUCAAUGUUUUCCAAACCCUUCAGGAUGACAGGUUACUUUUCUGAUGAUAUCAGGGAUGGAAGCCAAUUCUACUUCCUGAAUCUUGUUACCCCUGUCUUCCUCUCCUUAAUUCACCUGAACUGAAAUAAACAAAGUCAUAUGUAAGUAAAGUUUUGAUCAGAGCACAUGAGGGAAAGGUUAACAGGACAAGGAGGAGAUAACAUGUUUUUUCCUCUUUCCAUAACACAAUUACACACAUUGGUGUAACGUAACAAAGUACAUUUACUCAAAAACUUUACUUAUGUUCAAAUCUGAAAUAUUUAUAUGUCUAUUCAAGCAGUUCCAUAUUAUGUAACUUAUACUUGCACUUCACUACUGAGAGAUUUUUUUUUUUUUUUUUGCGCCACUACACUACGACAGCUUUAGUUACAAGUUACAGAUCAAUAUUUUUCACCCCGUACCUUUGGAGUUAAAUUCAGAACAAGAGAAGACAAAAACAUUUGCCAUGCUGUCAUUGAGAUCUACAAUAAGAACCUAAACCAGAGGCAACUGGACUCCUUCUUACAAAGUUAUGAAUGAAAAUGUGAAACAUUUACAUUUAGCUCCACUUAGAGAGAUGUAAUAGGCAAUAGCCGGUAACACUAUCCAUCAAUUUGCAAACGUUAUGUAAAUAGACUGGCAUUUCUCCAAUAACGAAAACAAACAUGUAUCUCAGAUAUACUUCAUACAAGAAAAGUGCAAAGGCAGGCGAACGGUCUACCUAUUUUGACUCACACUGUUCCAUAGAUGUAUGGCACUGAGGACGAUCUCAAAACAACAGACAUGGAUGAGCUGGCCAUCUGUAAGGCAGAGUACACACCCAAAGGCCAAAAUCCAUGUGAUGAAACUGUUUUUUAUUUCUGCUGUCUUCCUGUCUUCUGAUGCAGGGAAAGAAUGGGAUACUUCUACAGAUGCAUUUUCAGCUGCUGAACUGUACACCUUAUUGAGAGCUGAAAUUGUCUGAUGGUAGAAAAUUGUCUUUGCAGUGGCUGGUUUAUUACCAACAAGUUAUAGUUGUCAAGGCCUUACUUUUGAUGCAGUGACAAACAUUAUGUUAUGAAACAACAUCAAUGUAAGAAAACUGAAUAAACUUGUUGUAUUAUUAAAGGUUUUAGUAUUGAUGA